UUUUUUUUUCCUUUUUUUUCCUAAAAUCGUCUUACGCUAGUGAGUUUGACAUUAAAUCACUGAAAAAUUCCAUAAUGACCUCUCUAAGGACUGCGGAACUCUACGCCUUCCACCACGUUGACCGUCAAGUCUUCACCAAAAUGGUCAAGGACCUCCUCAGGGACCCGGGGGAAUCUUUACUGGUCAUAGCUCUGUGGCUUUGGCUAGAACGGAAAGGCUACCCAAAAAUUAUCGUAAAAUUGGCCAGUCUUCCGGAUUUUCUCGUGUAUUCUGCAGCGCAAGAGGCCGCCUUGUGCCUCAAAUGCCUUGAGAAUACCCCUCCUUUUCCGAUAAGUCGUGAUGGUGGGUUUCUGCCCCUUACUUCCAGGGUAAUGGAAAGGAAUCUCGCACUUCAAUUUUUCCAAGACAACAAGUUCUCUGCAAUUUGUGGAAUUAGGAGCAUGUUGACAAACGUUUGUUCCAGGAUUUUCACCGAUAUCUUGGAACAUCACUUAGGAAACCCUACUCAGGCUGCCCUGAACCAGCCUUUGCUCAUUCCCGGGUUCCCUCACCCCUUAUACGGGGAUCUGGUGAUCGUUCUUCGCCCUCCAGAUCAUAACCUCCCGGCGCGCGAUCCAUGGGCGUGGGAUCCCAUGAAUGACGUGGACGAGUGCGACAGGACUGUCUUCCUAACAUUUUCUAGAGGUUUCCCAGUGUCGAAGGAAGAGGUCAGGGAGCUGUUCUCAGAGGUUCUUGGGCUGGACUGUGUGAGCGACGUGGUCAUGCAAGAAACUCCCAAAACCAGUGAGCAAUGCCUCUAUGCCAAAUUGGUCCUGAAUUCUGUCGAAAGCGUUGAUAGGGUUUUGACAGGAAGAAAGGUGGCAAAAUUCCAGAUCAACGGGAAGCACAUCUGGGCUCGAAAGUAUGAGCGCCGCGACUAAAUAGAUCCAUUAGAAGUUUGUCGUUGUGGCCUUUAUAAUAUAUCUCUUCUGUAGUAAGUGUUAUAUGCUUUCAUAUAACAAAAUUAAAAUAAUCUAUUGUAGUAAUGU